AUGCCGCCGCCCUCGAAACAAACGCCCUACGAGCGCGCCCAAGCCAAACUCGCCCUCCGCGCCGAACGCCAGCAGCAAGCACAAGCCAAGUACGAGAUCGCCCUGCUCCAAGCAGAACGCCACUCGGUCGUCGCCGCCCUCAAGAGGAUCACCGGCCACCAGAAACGGCUCGUCGAAUCCCUCGAGCACAUUGAGGCAGAGAACGAGGGAUGGCAGACUCCGAAUGCGAAUCUGGAGCAGAUGUACCGAUUGAGGGAUCAGAUAGAGCAGGUGGAGAAGCAGGCGAACGAGUGUCAUCGGCGGUGGGAUGAGCUGGGGGAGGAGAUUGAGGAGAAGCAUGUUGAGAUUGCCUUUGGUGGGAUUGGUGGUGAUUAA